CACUUUGAAGGUGAUACUAUUUUUUUUCUUUUUUUCUUUUAACAUCCCAAAAUUAAAAACCUCAGAUUUUGGUUUUAAAUGGAUUCUGUUUUCUCUAGUCUUUAGGGUUAGGUUAAAGCUUUUCUUUGACCAUCUGUUUUGGUUCUGUUUGAUUUUUUCCAUGAAACAGUGACCAAAAAAAAAAACACAAGCUUUUGAGAGAACAAGAUCUGCCCAGAAAUGACAACAUAAUUUUUAUUGUCGUUUUUAAGGCCUUUUUUUUUAUCUGAAAGUUUGCACGGUGAAGAACCCACUUUUGCAAGUGAUUUGUUCUUAGAGAAAAGGCCAAAGGUAAGGUUUAGUUUUCAAUCAUAAGAACAUGUAAGUUUUCUUUGUGAUUUUUCUCAAUUUCAAUGCAAAUAUAAUACCUUUUCUUUUUUUCUCUCUUUCUGGAUCUCAUAAGAUCUUGCAAAAAAAGAUGUCAUCAUCGAACUCUCCUUGCGCGGCGUGCAAGUUUCUUCGUCGAAAAUGCACCCAAGAGUGCGUGUUUGCACCCUAUUUCCCACCCGACAAUCCUCAAAAAUUCGCCAAUGUUCAUAAAGUAUUCGGCGCCAGCAACGUUGCCAAGCUUUUAAACGAAUUGAAUACGUCCCAACGUGAAGAUGCCGUCAACUCGUUAGCCUACGAAGCCGAGGCUCGUCUCCGGGAUCCCGUCUACGGCUGUGUCGGUCUCAUCUCCAUCUUACAGCAUAAGCUUAAACAAAUGCAACAUGAUCUUAACAAUGCCAAGAAAGAGUUGUCUACUUAUAUUGGUCCUCAAGCAAUGCUUCCUAUAUUACAACCGUCGGUUUUCUUGCAGCAACAUGUUGGCAACCCUUCUUCAUCAUCUUCUUCCUCCGCUGUUAUGCAACAUAACAUGAUGCCAAUGAUGGGGAUUCCUACAGCGGCGGCGGCGGCUUCGGGGCAGUUAGUGUUAAGGGAACCUCAACAGCAACAGAUUUUCGAGGCUCAGCAACAAUUGGCGGCGGUGAUAGCAGCAAGGGAACAACAAGAGAUGUUUAGAGGGUAUGAACAACAUCAUGGCGGCCAACAGCCUGAGAUUGUGAGGUUUAACAAUGGGUUUGACGGGUCUGCUUCAGUUACUGCAACUGGGUUCAAUCAGAUAACAACUGCAGCAGCAGCAGCCACCAUGUCACCUUCAUUGGCUUUAGGAAGCUUUGAAAACCCGUACCAGAUUCAAGCACAACAAGAUCAUCACCAUUGUCAUGGGGGCCAUCAUCCACUCCAAGCACAACUUUUACUUCAGCCACAACAAGGCCAACCGCAAAACCAGCAGCAACAACCGCAAAGAUCAGGGAGCGAGGAGGCGAGGAGCAUUGGCCCUUCUUCUUGAUUGAAAAGAAAAACAAAGAAUCCAUCUUUAUUUUUUGCCUGCCUUCCAACAAAUUUUUCAAUCUAGGGUUUUCUGCAGCAAACAAGUGAAGAACAAAGGGAGAAAGAUUGAGAUUGAUAUCUGAGAUCUUAAGUCAGCAUCGGGCUUUUGGGGUUUGAUGAACACCUUCAUCCAUUUGAACACAUAAUUAAUUAUAUAAUAAUUUAUUAUAUUAUAUAUAGGGAUCUGCAUUUUUGCAUUGGUCUUUGGCCUUGGGAUUGCAGUAGUUUCCAAUUUUUCUAAGCUCUGGUCUUCGUUUUACUUUGAAUUUCAUUACGUACAAUCUUAGAAAUAUCAUGUUAUGAUAAUUUUUUUUAUUUAUCAUGGAGGAAGAAUUGUUGUUAUAUUAUAUAUGGUUUAUAUAAAUAAUAGAUGUUAUUCGGUGGAGAGAA